UGACCUUUUUCUAAUUUAAGGCUUUUCUAAUUAUACGUUGUCACGUUCGUAAGCUAAAUAACAUUAAACAAGUAUAUGCAUAUAUGCAUGUAUUAUUAUUUUAAGCACUCGCUCGUGCUUAUUAUUUUAUAGUUAUAAAACAGUACUGGAGCUCAAGGUGUGCUACUUUUAGUUUAUGUGUAUUUAUUAUUUUAAAGCUAUAUAGGCUACAUAUUAUCGAGAUGAAGAAGAUACUGUUUCGCAAAUUUAGAGUGUUAAUCCUGAUGGUAUUUCUGAUCGCAUGUACCAUGCACAUCAUGAUCGAUUUACUACCAAAACUCGAGAAGCGGGCGGCGGGUCCUGGUACUGCGGGGAACAGCGGAUGCUCCUGCUCAAACAGACCGAGCGAAGAGCCUCAGAGCUGGGGCAAGCAGCGUGCCAGGACCGGGGCAGAAUCUGGCUGGCCGAACAAGCACACCCUGAGGAUUCUUCAGGAUUUUAGCAAUGAACCGAGCUCUAACCUGUCCUCCCAUUCACUAGAAAAAAAUACAGGACCAGCGGACAAAACCGAGGCUUUUAAAAGACUUGAACAAUAUAGCCAGCAUGGUAAUAAUGACAACAAACAGUUUAUCCAGGACACGAAUACCAAUAAAAUUGAACCCGUUAUGGGAUACUCGAAACUGAACGUUCUGUUUGAGCACUCCCUUUACAAAAUCCAGGUCCCCGGACUCACUGAAGAGGACACCUUAUUUAAUGUCAAUACUGAUAUCAGAUUUAACCCUAAAGCGGCUGAGAAUCCAGAAUGGAAAAAUGAAGGGAAUGACGAAGAGGAGUAUGUUCCAACUGGAGAACCUUCCGCAGAUUCCUAUCCAAACUGGUUAAAAUUCCACAUUGGGAUUAAUCGAUAUGAGCUGUACUCCAGGCACAAUCCAGUGAUCGAUUCUUUGUUAAAGGAUCUAGUCUCGCAAAAAAUCACCAGCGUUGCUAUGAAAUCGGGAGGCACCCAGCUUAAACUCAUCAUGACAUUCCAAAACUAUGGACAAGCGCUUUUCAAACCGAUGAAGCAAACAAGGGAACAGGAAACACCCCCAGACUUCUUCUACUUCUCUGAUUUCGAGAGGCACAAUGCAGAGAUCGCAGCUUUUCAUCUGGAUAGGAUCCUGGAUUUCCGACGUGUGCCUCCAGUUGCAGGCAGGCUUGUCAACAUGACCAAAGAAAUCAAAGACGUGACUCGGGACAAAAAGCUGUGGAGAACGUUCUUCAUCUCCCCAGCCAAUAACAUCUGUUUCUACGGCGAGUGCUCGUAUUACUGCUCCACGGAGCAUGCUCUGUGCGGGAAGCCUGAUCAGAUUGAGGGCUCGCUGGCUGCUUUCCUCCCGGACCUGGCCCUGGCCAAGCGGAAAACCUGGAGGAAUCCCUGGAGGCGUUCCUACCACAAGCGCAAGAAAGCAGAAUGGGAGGUAGAUCCAGACUACUGUGAGGAGGUCAAACAGACGCCUCCCUAUGACAUUGGCACCCGGCUCCUGGACGUCAUGGACAUGACCAUCUUUGAUUUCCUGAUGGGAAAUAUGGAUCGACAUCACUACGAAACCUUUGAGAAGUUUGGAAAUGAAACUUUUAUCAUCCACUUGGAUAACGGAAGAGGGUUUGGAAAACACUCCCAUGAUGAGAUGUCUAUACUGGUGCCUUUAAGCCAAUGCUGCAGGGUAAAGAGAUCUACCCAUCUGCGACUGCAGCUCCUAGCUAAGGAGGAGUACAAGCUGAGCGAGCUGGUGGAAGAGUCUUUACUGCGAGACAAGCUGAUGCCCAUCCUUAUAAAACCCCAUUUGGAGGCCAUGGACCGCAGGCUGCGGGUUGUGCUCAAAGUGCUCAGUGACUGCAUUGAGAGGGACGGUUAUAACAAUGUGGUGGAAAAUGACCUUGACAGUGCCACUGCUAACACGAUCACAAGCACGAGGUAGUAGCGUCCAAUAUGAGUGUGUUUUUUCUAGAGUACUAUUACGAUUAAUAUAAAAGGAAAGUCUUGCAAAAGACUAUUGAUGCCACUUUUUGAAUUCAAUGAAUUCAGAGCCUCUGUGUUAUCCCCUAGCCAUGUAAAAUAUAUAAGACACAAACAAAACAGAAACCGUGUUUUAAAAUAAAAGUUGUAUUGCUUAUUUUAAUAGUACAUAGGGGGAAGAAAUGAAUUGCUAAGAUUUUGUUCUGAGUACUGUUCUUUAAUGUUGUUUCUUUCUAUCAAUUAUUUUCUUUUCUAUCUAAUCCAUUCCCCAGCCAUUCUUUGAAAUUAUAUAUAUUGAUGCAGGAACAAAUCACACAACAGCUCCCAUUUCAACUACAUGAGCACAAGCACUCACUGAAGUAUAAUCAAUACAAAUCAUACAUCCAAAUUAAAUGAUGUAAAGUGUUCAUAAAUACACAGCUGAAACUGAGUCCCCACCUGGCUUAGGUUAGCCUGCUAACAGUACAUCACAAAACCACAAAGCAAUUCAACACAAAUUAGCACAGAUGUCAGUCUGUAUUCCAAAGAGAGGACCAUGUCCGAUAGCAAGCAGGACUGUAAUCUGUAGGUCAGAAUUACUGAAAAACAUAGCCGUUGGGGUUUUUUCAGGGAAUCUAGUUCAUCCAUAACUUAAAAAAUGCAAUCACAUGAUUUAUAGUACUAGCAAAACUGUAGGGAAGCUCACUUACUGGAUCCACCUUACAAAGGGACUGCCUGCCUUCAAGAGGAGUGAAAUUAGCACCCCACAUAGAAAUUACACCAUUCCUGCAUUUCUUAUCCCAAAUUACUGUAAUAUAUGAGAAUGGCCACUGUAUUCUAAACCCUCAGAUUACUGGAGUUACUCUGCCACUGGCUUAAAGCAGUUCUCAUGACAGGGCUACUCAUCAUAACACUACUCAUGUCAUACUUCAUUUCAUACUUUUAACUUCAUUUCAAUACUUCAUCUCAAUGAAUUCCGUAUUUUGUACGCCCUGCCUCUUCAUUAUACUUCACUGUUGUAGACUUAAGAAGUGUUCCAGACUUGCAGAAAGAUGUUUCAGUAUCGUUAGUUUUGCUUUUCUUAGAAGAAAAAAGGAAUAGCUCCAAACAAAGCCAGUCUUUGGUCAUUUCAGGUUUCUCUGUGAAUUGAAAAAUGUUUGCCUUUUAAGAAAAGAAAUCAGCCACUACAGAAAAUCAGCUCUCCUAUCCAUUGCAACGGUAUGUGGAUGUUCAAUAUUCAGUGGGUCAUUUUGCCCAGACUCAACUGACAUUUUUAAGAUGUCGGUUCUCAGUUGUUGAUUUUGCAGACUGUAAUCCAAUGUCCACAUUGGAAUCAAGGUUCUGUCUAAUAUGUCUUCUGUUUGAAAUGGAUGAAAGGCAAACAUUUCUGCUCUAGGUCUUGAAUGUAAAGUGAGAAGGUACUGCUGGUGGUGUCUCCCACACAACCCAAACUGUGACCAUUUAAUACUGGUUCUGUAUCUUUUUUAUUGGUCAUUUUCAACCUAUUUCACUUUUGCCCUAUGUGUUUAUCACCCACAUUUGUGACCUUUUACUGACACAAUUAAAAAUAGAUACUCACUGAUGAUGCAUAGCAGUGUGAGCCGUUACAGUGUUUACAAAUGAAUUUGCCACACUUUCUGAGUAAGAUGCUUAGGUGUGUAUAAGUUCAGUAAUUAAACACAGUGGCUGAAACAGUUCACACAGCAAGUGCUAUUUCAAAUAUCUUUUUGCAUUCCAUUGUACUUAAAAUCACCUUUCUUAACUUUCAUCCUUGAUUCUGUAGCAUCUUUGAGUCUGUACUUGAAUAAAUCUGCAGACAGCUGGGCACAGGGGAGGCCUGCAACAUACAGAAAUGUUAAAAAUGAAUGAUGUUAGUUUAGGGCAUGCAUACAUUUGGAUGUCAAUUUGUGUUAUCGCUGAUCAUUUAAAACUAGUGUAUGGCCAUGCAAGCUGUGACUGCAGUUUAAUUAAAACCAACAAUAUCUGAUUAACUGGUUUUAAUGCCUCUCUUCCAAAGAGGGAUGCUGCAAAACCUACCUGUGACUGCAGUUUGGCAUGCAAGCUAGCACAUAUUUAUCCAACUUCAAGGGACAGAAAGCAUGAAAAUCACAUUUCUAUUAAAAUGUUUUAUUAUGUAGAAAGGUGUUAUCCAUGAAGGUAUGCAUAUUAAUAACAUCUAGUGGUAUUUUUUUUAAUAUUUUUAUAUAUUUAUAUUUCCUAAAACCAAAGCUAGAUAUCCUAUUUGCCUUUGAUAUUUCUAUAUCCUAGCCCAGCCACAAACUUCCUGAUUGAACUGAGGCAUGCUAUUUGAUAUCUGUUAAAUGAAUCAGAAAAGACCACAGUUGUAGAAUACGUAGCAAGCCGUUUUCUGUUUGUAUUCAGAUUUACUGGUACCGGUAAUCUGACUUGGUUUUUAUUUUGUCAGUAAAUAGUCACAGAAAAAUGAGAGCAAUCUAAAGAGAGUAGAAUGUGCUGUAAAUAAGACACCACCAAGCAGUGAGUUGACAUAAGAGCCAAUAGAAAUCCCAAAGCAUCUCCUCAAGCACUGAGAAAACAAAAUCAUCCACAAAAAAAUGAAAGCUGUUAUCAACAAUAUACUCUUAUCUUUUACAGUAUCUCUUCAUGAUGUUUCCAAAUAUUCUGAGUGGUUAUUAUUGCAUUCCAGCUCUACAGUAGUUACCAGAUAUUUGAGUAAUCACAAUAGGCACAGACCCAGAUUACUGGAAAUAUCAGCUAGGAGGACAAAAAGGUCAUCUGUUUAACUGAUAUCUAUGGACCCAGAGUCAGACAAAUCCCUUUUUAUUUUUAAUGGACACUUUAGGCUGUAUAUCACAUGAACAGGCUUUGCUGUGUUGGCACAGUCCUUUACUGUCCUUUUACUAACAAAGAAUGAUACUGCAGUCACAGCGCUCUACAGAAGGCUGUCAGGUACAGGUGUGCACCGGUCAGGGGGAACCAGCAAUGACCUUCAAAGGGCUCAGGUCCCAUACCAAAAACACCUGUAUAUUGAGCGCAAGCAUUAAUCACAGCUUCUCCAAUAUCAUGACUAGAUCUAGGUGAAACAGCUUGAUGUAAUUCAAGCUGACCUAUGUUGUAUGACAAUGUUGGUCUUGUUAUUUAAUUUGAUGUUUGUUUGUUUGUUUGUUUGUUUGUUUUUAAUUAUUAUUAUUUAUCAGACCCAAAUAAAACUAAUGAUAGAAAUAUUAAAUCAGCUCAAUAACACAUUUCAGUUCUCCAGUAUGCCUAGCCCAUAAUACAGGAAGUACAGUAUGCAUGUGUAUCUCUCCCAUGGAAAGAGACUUUUUUAUGUCUGCUGUUCAUUUUCUAAAUCAGGUGUCAGCCUCACUUAUUUUAUAACUAUUUGUUAAAAAUCAUGACGCGUCUGAUUAAAUUAUAAACACUUUUUAAUCACGGUACUUACUUUGAACCUACGUUAUGGCAAGGUAUUUAGAGUGUACUUCACAUACAUCUGUAUUGCUGUGCUAAUAAUACAGCCUGUUGUACCAUCCAUUUUGAUUCUGCCUGUGAACAAUUUUGUAUACACAGCCUGGGUACUGUUCACCAAAGUUUGUAAUGGAUUAAAUUAAAUGUAUAUACAUAUAUGGGUGUGUUGUUAAAUAUAUCAACACUUUAAAUAAAUCAUUUGUGAAAAGGGACCCAUUUGCCUCUCCAAUGAGAUAAGAUGAUGUUACAUGAACUGUAAGUACAGUAUUAGUACCUGUCAAGGACAGCUUGGGUCCCUUACUACCAGGUAUGAAUAUUAUACUUAGAAAGCUUGAGCCAAAAUGUCAAAAAUCUGAUUGAAGAAUUCUAGUACCCAUUAUAUGUGCCAGACACUUACUUAAUUCACUGUAAGAAAUUAAACAGAUUGUUUUAAAGACCCAUGCAGAAAAAUCAGCCUCUAUUUUUAAAAAGCUUUAUUUUCUUCAUGUUUUCAGACUACUAAUGCAUGAAUAAUUGUAUCCUCCAAAUGUGUUGUUUUUUUUUUCAUUUCCUGUAAUACACUUUAAGAAACUCAUUUUGUGGCAUCUAAUCAUAUCAUCCCAUAAAGGUGAUCAGGUCUUAAAAUCUCGAUUCAAUGACAAACAUGUCUAUACUUUUAUUUUAUUCUAUAUAUUUUAUUGUUAUUUAUUAAAUAUAAAAAUAUAAAGAAAGGGGUCAGAUUUGUUUUUAGUUUAGUUUGAAGUCCAGAUGUCAAUCUCAUGCUGAACUUCAAGGUUUAGAGUGCAAUGCUAAAAAAAACAUUUAAAAAUAAAACUGAAAGUUAACAUAGUGCCUGUGUAAUGACAGACAUACUUGAAUGUUGGGUUCACUAAAUGUGAUAUGAAAUGAUAGGGAAACAAAAAGUGGUUGCAGCUCUUAAUUCACUUAGACUGUGGCAGUAGAGUUGCUGCUUGGAUGUCUUACUUGUCUGAUUUUCAUAGUUCUAUGUAAAUAAAUAUAAAUAGUUGCACAAUGAAAAUGCUGCUUUCUGCAGCCAUAGGCUUCAAUUUAUUUUGCAGUGUUUCUGUGGAAUUUGUUUGCAACAUGGUAAAAGUUCAAUAAAGAUAUGGCAACUGUUUUGUCGUCUGUGUUUUAAAAGUG